UAGCUUUCAGGCAGGCUUAGUGUCACGUGAUGUCAGUUUGCCCAACGGGUUACAAAAUAAGGUGACAGGGUAGCAGAAAGAUAGGAGAACUAAUUGACAGUGAAGUGAGGAAGGCUGAGUUUAGAUUUAGAAUUAACAGAAAAGAAAGGAAUCGACUUGUCAACGAGCCCACGCAUAAACGGAGAUGGCUGGGGAGAUGCUCCGAGCGGUUAGAGUAUGCCGGCAUCACUUAGCCUUUUUACAGAGAAACACAGAGUUUGGACCCCAUGUUCUUCUAAAGAGAAGCAUCAUCUUACAUUCUAGUAGGCGGCAUGGAAUAAUAAAGAAGGUGCUACUGGGAACAGCUGGUGGUUUACCUGUUGCAUUUGGAAUAAGAUAUGCCUUUGUGGACAACCGAGAGAGACGGAAGAUGCGAAUUUUGACGGAAGGAAUAGGACGUUUCUGUCGGUCUCUAUACAUAGGGCUGUUGAUUUCCCUUGAUUAUUGGUGGACCACCAAUAUAAAACUAAGAGGAUUUCCUGAGAGCAGCCCAGACUUUGUGAAAGAAAUGUCAUCUUGUCAUCAGCGAGCUGCUGACAGCAUGGUGCAGGGGGCAAUACAGAAUGGAGGAGUAUACAUUAAACUAGGACAAGGACUUUGUGCCUUUAAUCAUCUUUUACCUCCUGAAUAUAUAAACACUUUGCGUGUACUGGAAGACAAGGCUCUCAACCCACACUACAAAGAGGUGGAUGCACUUUUUAUAGAGGAUUUUAACAGCACUCCUGAAAAAAUGUUUAAAGAAUUUGAUUAUAAUCCAGUGGCAGCAGCUAGUUUAGCUCAGGUCCAUAAGGCUAAACUGCAUGAUGAUACUCCAGUUGCUGUAAAGGUACAGUAUAUAGAUUUAAGAGACAGGUUUGAUGGGGACAUUUGGACACUGGAGAUCCUUUUAGAUAUUAUAAAGUUUAUGCAUCCUAGUUUUGGAUUCCGGUGGGUUUUAAAGGACUUGAAAGGAACUUUGGCUCAGGAGCUGGACUUUGAGAAUGAGGGCAAGAACUCGGAGCGGUGUGCUCAGGACCUGAAACAUUUUAAGUUUAUUGUCAUUCCCAAAGUAUACUGGGAUAAGACCAGUAAGCGAGUUCUAACAGCAGAAUAUUAUGAAGGUUGUAAGAUUAACAACGUGGAAGAGAUCAAGAAGCAAGGACUGAGCUUAAAGGAUACAUCUGAAAAACUGAUUCAGACAUUUGCUGAGCAGAUAUUCUCCACGGGGUUUAUACAUGCUGACCCCCACCCUGGUAAUGUGCUUGUACGGCAAGGUCCAGACAAGAAAGCUGAACUUGUACUCUUAGAUCAUGGAUUAUAUGAAAUUCUGAGUGAACAUGAUAGGUUGGCAUUGUGUAAACUCUGGCGUUCCAUCAUCCUAAGGGAUAAAGCUGCCAUGGAAACAUUCUCUGCUGACUUAGGUGUCAAAGAUUACUUUCUGUUUUGUGAGAUACUGCUUCAGCGACCUAUUAACAUGAACGAGCUGCAGCUGGGAAACAUUUUGAGCAGAGAGGAGACCGCCUAUAUGCAGGAGAUGGCAAUAAAGCGCUUUGAGAAGAUCAUGGAGGUUUUGAAGUCCAUGCCGCGACCCAUGCUACUUGUGUUUCGCAAUGUCAAUACUGUGCGUUGUAUCAACAUCACACUGGGGGCUCCGGUAGACCGAUACUUGGUCAUGGCUAAGAGCGCUGUUAGAGGAUUGAGUCAGAUAAAAGCACAGAAAACACAUGGACUGCUGCAGAUUCAGCCAAUCAGCUGGUUUAAGAUGUUAUGGGAAAACAUCAAAUUUGAAUUUUCUUUAAGGUCAGAAAGUGUAAAGAUGAACCUGGCGCGAUGGCUGGUGAGACUUCUGAUUCACUUUGGGUUCAUGCCUCAAGAUGACAGGAUCUACCAGUACAUGCUGUGAUGUCGGCUACAGAA